CAAUUAGGAAACAGUUUUUUUCGGGGAUUCCCCGUGACGACAUCGCUCUUCGCCAUUUUGGUAAUUGGCCGCGUACUCUACAAACUCUUCUUCCUCAUCUAUUCCGAACUGAGUUCGGAACUCUGACAGUUCACUGGUGGUCAUUGUUAUCAUCAUCAUGGAGACGUCCAAAUGCUGAGAUGUUGAUCAAAUGUUCAGAAUCAGUCGUUGACUUAAACAACAAGAUCUAGUAGUACUGGCAAGACUGGAUGAUGGAUCUAAUCGAGUUCUGAAUUGGACAUCUUUACUUUAGUUUCGCCAAGUUCAUCACGACACGAGUCACGUCAGGUUGUUGGCCUACGACUGGGCCUUGGAAGAAUGAUCAGAUAAUACAGCUGCAGGUUAUGAUGCAGAAUUUGUGUUGGUAGACCUAUUGAAUGAGAAUGGAAAUGGAAAAGAAAGAUAGAAGUUCUGUCACCGAAGAAGAAUUUUUGAGAUUGGCCCAGCUCAUCCCACCGAGGUACUAUUCAGAUUUAGGGAUACAUUUGGGAAUCUCAUCUGCUGAACUUGAUCAUAUCAUUGUCCAACAUUCAUCGAAUUACAAGGAUGCAUUGAUGACAAUGUUCACACGGUGGAGAGAUGAACAACAUCCAGAUGAAGAUAUCAGAGCUCUUCUUGCAGAAGGAUUAGAAAAGAGUGACUUAGGGGGAUUAUCCAAAGAACUUCUAGCUGGGAAUCUAAUCCAGAAAACAACAGAUGUCAGACAAACAACUGCAACAACUUCAAGAGCAUCAACUUCAACAGGAGCAGUAGACAUGUCAGCAUUACCACAUACCGUCAGUGAGGAAGAACUUUUGAUGUUAUCAAUGGAAAUUGGACCUACUUACUACAAGAGGAUUGGCGUUAACCUGAAGAUCUCGUUUGUGACUCUUGAUAAAAUAAAGAAAGAUACACAAGAUACUACUGAUGCUUUGAUGACAGUAUUCACAAGAUGGAGGGAUAAACAGCUUCCAGACACAAACAUCAGGGCUCAUCUUGCAGAGGCUUUACAAAAGAGUGGUCUAGUGUCGCUGUCUCAGAAACUGAUUCCUAUAGAUCUAUUAGGGACAGGUGCAUCAAUGCCAGCAUCACAGACCCAACCACUCACUCCUGACCUGGUUGAAAGAUGUAGAAAGGAGCUUCAAUCCCAUUACAGAAGAUAUUUCUGUAAGAUUAGAGCUGAUAGUCUUAAUCCACGUUCCCUUUUGCCAUGUGAAGACAUAUAUACACACCUUGUUUUGGAAGAAGAAGAUUAUCGCAAUAAGAAGCGAUCACUUGAAUAUAAGGACCUCUUCAAACUUGAAAUUAAUGGAGAGUUUCCAAAUCGGAUCAUCAUUCAGGGAGAAGCAGGGGCUGGAAAGACGACACUCUGCGCAAAGAUUGCAUGGGACUGGAUAAACGGUAGUCCUGAUGUUCCCAAGUUUGUAUGGGUACUUGUAAUCCCUCUUCGUGAAGUCAAGCGAUAUACAAUUGGUCAGAUAGUCAAGUCUUAUCUCUCAAAGGACAACCCAGCAACAGCCUGUCAGAUCACAGAGUACAUCCGUUCAAAUCCAGAAAAGGUAUUCAUUGCCUGUGAUGGUUUAGAUGAGUUUAGUGGCAAGGUUGUACAGCACACUGAAACCAAACAAGAAUUAGCAGGUGCCCAGUCAGAGCCUAAUGAUCAACCAGAUUCAAGACCAAAAUCAAAGGGACCAAAGUUAAUGGGGCAUAUGUCCUCAGGUACACCAACUGCCCCAUUGAUGCCAAGAGACAGCAUCUCAGAUGCAAGUGAAAGCACUACUGAAGAAGAUGAUAUCUCUCUAGUACAUAUCCUUCGUUCAGAUGAACUUAGCGAUUGCCCAGUGAUGGUGACCAGUCGUCCAUGGAAGGCUAAUGAGAUAAAGUGGGAUCGCAAUCUAAUGAAAGUGUAUGCUUUCAUUCAUGUGGAAGGCUUUAGUAAGAAGAAUGUGGAGGUUUACAUUCACAAGUACUUUAAAGACAAUACAGUCACAGCAGAUCAGCUUAUUCAAAUGAUCAAAGAGAAUGAUAUCAUAUCAGAGUAUAUGGCACCCUAUCCUAUCUAUAUAUCUAUGCUCUGUCUUAUGUGGAGAGGACUUGAUGACAAAAAGAAAGAAUUGUUUAAAACCAUUCGAACAUUCUCUCAAUUAUUUCAUGAGAUGUUUGAAUUCUUAAACGUGCAUUAUGUCCAAAAAGAGAUCCAAGAUCUAAGGAGUCCAUCAUUUAAUGACCAUCGCUCUAAAAUUGAAAAACUCAUGGAACCCGUUGCCAAAUUGGCAUUUGCUGGACUGCAAUCGAACAACCUUAUUUUCAAUGAAGAAGAUCUUGAACAGUACUCAGACUCUGUGGAAACAGCAUGCAAAGUAGGGGUGUUGUCACAGGAGAAUAAGCUCUCAUCCAUUCAUGAUAAGAGCAGACCGUUCCUGCAGUCAACAUUCUUCUUUCCUCAUAAACUAUUCCAGGAGUACAUGGCUGCAGUCUAUCUUGCUUCUCUCUAUGAUUCAGAUCGCAAUGAAUUUAAGAGGCUGAUUGAGGAAGUAGUGAUCCCUAGGAAGGAAGAGUUUAGGUAUCUCCUGUACUUCACUGUGUCUCAGAACAAAAACAUUGCCAAGUAUAUCACCCAGUAUCUGCUACAACAGUACACCCAAAGCAAAGACAAUGAUGCAGGAAAUGAGAUGAAUUUCUUGGUUGAUGUAGCUUUUGAGAGUCAAGAUGAAGAUACCAACGCCAUGCUUCGGAAUUCAGUGUCAUCUCUGUCCAUUAGGGUUAAAGACACACACACUAUAGCUGGUUAUGCAUUCACUAGGAUAUAUUCAAAGGCGAUCACAAUGUGUAUUGGUGAAUAUUAUAAUACAACUUCCUAUGGACCAGGUAUAUCAACUGAGGUUGCAUUGAUGUUAUGCUCAGCACCAUCACUAGGGGAUGUUGAACUGAAUGCAAGCUUUGACCCUACCUUCUAUGAAACUCUUGCCAGAGAAGGAAGGACAGCCAAAGUCCAUACUCUUGAGAUUGGGAAUAAUGAGCCUCUAUCAUCAGCCUCUUCACAUCACCUAGCAGGAGCUUUAUGCUCCCUACCUAACCUGACUAACCUGAUACUGAGAGGAGUUUGUGACCAGGAGGAGUUCUGUUCUCAUCUGAAUGAGAAGGCUUCAACCUUGAAGGUCCAUACUCUUCAGAUUGACAAUGAUGUGAUUUUCAAGAAGUUUCUAUCAUCAGCCUCUUCACAUCACCUUGUAGAAGUUUUAUGCUCCCUACCUAACCUGACUAACCUGACACUGAGUGGAGUUUGUGACCAGGAGGAGUUCUGUUCUCAUCUGAAUAAGAAGGCUUCAACCUUGAAGGUCCAUACUCUUGGGAUUGUGAAUUAUAGGCCUCUAUCAUCAGCCUCUUCACGUCACCUAGCAGAAGCUUUAUGCUCCCUACCUAACCUGACUAACCUGAAACUGAGAGGAAUUUGUGACCAGGAGGAGUUCUAUUCUCAUCUGAAUGAGAAGGCUUCAACCUUGAAGGUCCAUACUCUUGAGAUUGUGAAUCAUAAGCCUCUAUCAUCAGCCUCUUCACAUCACCUAGCAGAAGCUUUAUGCUCCCUACCUAACCUGACUAACCUGAAACUGAGAGGAAUUUGUGACCAGGAGGAGUUCUAUUCUCAUCUGAAUGAGAAGGCUUCAACCUUGAAGGGUUCAUUCCCUCAGAUCAGCAAAGGAAAUUUCAUGUUCAAUGGAGAGCCUCAGAAGGAUCUUCAAUCAUUCUUACAAGCAGUCAGUGACUUGAUAAGCUUUUAUGAUGAGAAUUUUUCAGACGAUAGCUCCUCGGUUCGACCCUCUUUCUUAACACGAGUACUCUGCUGCUGGCGCCUCAGACAAAUAUUUUGAUGAAUGACAUUUCUCUGCCAUGGACUGUGUCAUGUACAUGUAUUAUCAUUAGCAAUUAUACCUGUGCGCAUUAAUGUAAAAAGCAUUAUGAUGUCACUGAUGUCUGCACAAUACGCUGCCAUAGUAACCGGUGAUGCCGAAUGAAAACCUUAGAAUAUUUAACUAAAUAUACCACCUUUCAAACUGAUAUUCAGGCAUUUUUGGUUAAUAAAGCAUUAUAUGACAGCUAAUGAUAUCAUGCAAUGCAUUUUUAAUAGACCCAACAACUUUUCAGCAUAGAAGAUGAUGCAGUCACCACCUGUCCAUGCUAAUUUUCAUUUAUUUACCAAGUACAUGACGUUAACAACAUGAAAUCACCUUGUUAUGCAAAUAUGAAGUAUAUUUGAAAGCUAUUCCAACUAUUUUCACAUUAUUCUUAACCUAAACCCAUGUUUCAUCUGUCAAAUUACAUCAGUUUGAUGUGUUAUCAAGCCAAACUCUUGCCAGAGGUAAUACUGUUUUAUUCUUCCUGGGAUCCUAUUAUGCUGUUAUCUGAGGCAGAAGAUCUAACAACUAUGCUGUAGGAAAUGAGAAUGUCCUUGUAUUAUGUUUACCAUAAAGGAGAAAGUCACUCCUUCAAUUCUAUUAUGUUUAUCAUAAAGGAGAAAGUCACUCCUUCAAUUCUAUUAUG